AUGAAAGUCACAAUAAUAAUAUUUUUUUUAUUAACUAUAACUUCUAUUACAAUUAAUGCUGCGCCUACUACUUCAAGAUCCCCAGUAUAUACAAUACCCUUGCAAAUUAAUGAAUCCCCAGAUUACUAUACAUGGAAACAAAAAAUUGCACUUCAAAAAAACCGUACACUUUCAAAAUACUCUAAAAAAGAAGUAAAUCUUCCAAUUCAUGAUUCCAAUGAUAUAGCCUAUUAUGGGCCAAUUGAAAUCGGUGGACAAACAUUCCAGGUAGUAUUCGAUACUGGGUCCGCAGACCUUUGGGUUCCUUUGAUUGGUUGUUCAAGUCCUUCCUGUAGAAAUCAUACAUCAUUUGAUCCUGCUAAAAGCAAAAAUUUCAAGAAGCUUGAUAAAACAUUUUCCAUACAAUACGGAGCAGGUUCAGUUUCAGGUGUAGCCGGAACUGACGAUAUUUCAAUUGCUGGUACGAUAGUAACAACUCAAACUUUUGGAUUGGCGGAGUUGCUUUCUCCAGUAUUUGUCACUGAAAAAUUCGAUGGUAUCAUGGGAAUGGGCUUCGAUAAAUUAAAUACUCUAAACGCCAAAACUCCUUUCUCUAACAUGGUUGAGCAGAAAUCGGUUAAUGAACCCAUCUUUAGUUUCUAUUUGGGCCGCACGACGGAUAAGACAGCCACCAGAAGCCAAUUGACUUUAGGUGGUGUUGAUAAUUCAAAAUUUACGGGUGAACUUAAUUACAAUAAAGUUACAGGUGACACUGGAGAUUGGCUAAUUAAUCUGGGCGGUGUUAGUGUUGACAAUAAACUUCAAAGAAUAAAUACAAGAGAGGCGAUAAUUGAUACAGGCUCUCUACUAAUUUUAGCUCCGCUUGAAGAUUUUACGCAUAUUAUUAAUUUAAUUCCAGGUUCUUAUUACGAUCCAGAUGAAGAUUAUUUCAUUAUUCCUUGCGAUACUUCUGUAAUCAUUGCUAUUAUUUUUGGUGGCAUCAGCUAUGAAAUUUCACUUAUAGAUUUAGUAAUUGAAGUGGAUCCAAAUGUUUGUGUUUCUGGAAUUCAGGGGUGGUCUGAAGAUCAGUGGUUACUUGGAAAUGUAUUCUUGAAGAAUGUUUACACUGCAUUUGAUAUAAAACAGCCAGCUGUUGGAUUUGCACAUAAAGUAUAG